AUGCAGGGGCGAGUAGGGGACGGACCUGCAGGAGCCGGUGCUUGUUUCGUCGGGGGGUUUCUUUCAGUAGCGGCGCCGACAUCCCGUCAAUCGUUCCGUUACAGUGGCGGUCGACCCCCUCCUUCUGGGCAGACGCCGCAGGAGAGUGGCAGUGAGGAGGAGGAUGAGGAGGAGGUGGGUGAGGGCGCGGAGGAUGAGGACGAUGAGGGGAGCGGGGAUGACAGUGAGGUCGGGUGGGAUCCCGAGACGCAUGGCGGUGGGGAAGGGGGGGGUGAUGAUGAUGAAGACCACGAGAUGGAUGGGUUGGAGCCAGAGGAGGUGGAGGAGGAGGUGGGAGAGGGUGGUAGAGGGGCGGCGACAGAGGCGGCCUCACAGCAUGUCGCUGAAGGAGGAGGGAGCGUGGGGGUGGGGGUUAAGUUGCUUGGCGAGACGUUUCCUCGUGGGGGCUACAAAGGUGUGCCGGAUGGCUACGUCGAUAAGUGGCCGCAUGCCAAGUGCUGGCCGAACCUCGCCAAGAAGAAGGGGAAGGGGGUAGGGGGGGCUGUUGGGUCAGGCGGGAUCGAGCGGUUCAUGACGACCAAGCUGUCCACGGUGGAGCUACGGCAGGCGAUCGCCAAGCUGGUGGUCACCUGCGACCUCCCCUUCCGCAUCGUCGAGGCCGAGGCAUUUCGGGAGCUAUUGAUCCUGCUAAACCACAACUGCGCGCAGAAGAACUUCAUCCCCUCACGCUGUACGGUAUCCUGCGACACCGUGGUCUUUGCAACAGCCGCUCUAGAGUCCGCCAUUGCGGAGAUGCUGGCGAAGGAGGGGGAGUUGGGGUGCAAGGUGUCGUUCACCAUCGACAUGUGGACGGCACCCAACGGCAAGGCAUGGCUAGUGGUGACGGGUCACUGGAUAGACAAGAACUUCCAGCUGCGCACAGCGGUGCUUGAGUUCCGCGAGAUGCUCGGGCGUCAUGGGGGCAAGGAGAUGGCGCAGGUGGUAGAGGAGACGUUUGUGCAGUGGGGGUUGGAGGGGCGUUGUCUUGGUUUCACGACAGACAACGCCUCUAUCAACAUUGCCGCCUUCAGGCGAAUGUCGGAGGAGGGUGGUGGUCAGUGCUUCUUCAACUCCCGCAUGCACUUCCGGUGCUUGGCACACGUGAUCAACCUUGCAGUGCAGGCGGCGCUGGCUGUGGAUUCCAUACGACGGUUGUUGAAGAUACUGAGAGAGAACCCCAUCACAGUCUUCUUUGCCCAGACACAGAGCUUGUUGAAGGCCGACAAGAAGAAGGUGGAGAGUCUGCGCCUGACAGACGCGGACUGGUGUUAG